UACUACAACCGGACGGAUAUUUUUAUUUUUUUGUCAAAACAUUUUUACUUUUUACCCGAGAACAGUGAUUCUCUGCAGAUUGACCGUGAAUACCGGCAAAGUUAAAAGCUCUGGUGUGCCUAGGCAACCCUGUUCUUUACAUAACAAGAAGAAGAAGACGACUCAUCGACCCCACCAAACCGGGAUCUUAAGAUUUAAUUGCAUUUUCAGCGAAAAUAAUGGCCAGCACACAGUCAAACGACGCCUGCAGCAUAUGUGACAAAGUGGGCCUUAAGCCUUUCACCAAGGAAAAUGUUUUCAACUACUACGUUCCGCUCCACGGGUUGGUGAGCUACGGAGCCCUUGCGGUGAAUGUCAUGAACCCCCAGAUAGUGCCCAAGAUCCUGCCGAAGAAAGACCUCACGAACGUGUUUCUCAUCUCAGCGGUGGUGGGCAGUGCCUUCUACAUCUAUGGAAGACCACACCUAAAGAACGUGAAGAACAACAAGCGGGGAGCGUACGCCCUGCUGGGAGCCACCCUUUUCUCCAUGGGAUCUGUGCUCGCCUGGGCACUUAUCAAGUCUGCCUUGCCACAGGAUAACGCCCUUUUGGCUACUUUAGCAGGAUUAGGAACAGGAGCUGCCAUCGUCAAGGUCGGCACCGAUUACAUUCAGGACGUAGACAAGCUGCAGAAGAACUAAAUCGAGUAGGAGAUCAAUAGAACUGAUGUAUCUAACCUAAACUGGGUUCGUACUGUAAUUGCUGUCUUGGCCGUAAAUAGCUCGUAAUGCAAUAUUAUCUCCCACAUAUUUGAAUAAACUUAUACAAUAAACCCAA